CACACCUGCUUCAUCUUGGCUGUACACUUUUGUAGUGCAAUUACGCCUCGGCCUUCAAAGCGACACAAAGAGCAAUCCCCCCACUGGAUUCAGAAGAGGACCCCCAAGCGCACAGGCACACCUGCACACGUUCUUCCUGCAACCAGGACACCAGGCCCAGAGAACCCCCAUCAGAACCAUGAAGUUGGCCUGCCUCCUCUUGCUCCUGACCACAGCCUGCUGGGCCCUGCCCUUCAGACAGUCGGGCUUCCUGGACUUUAUGAUGGACGAGGAUGAGGGUUCCGGGGUGAAACCAGUGGACAAGGAUAUACCCAUUCCUGGCAUCCCUGAUGGACCCUUCUGCCCCUUUAGGUGUCAGUGCCACCUGCGUGUAGUGCAGUGCUCUGACUUAGGAUUGAAAAAGGUCCCUGAGAAGAUUCCCUCAGACACAACUCUUCUUGACCUGCAGAACAAUAAAAUCACUGAAAUCCGUGAGAGCGACUUCAAAAACCUGAAGGGUCUUCAUGCUCUGAUCCUGGUAAACAACCUCAUCACUAUGAUCCACCCCAAGGCUUUCAUGCCCCUGGGAAAACUGCAAAGGCUCUACCUGUCUAAGAAUCUGCUGAAGGAGAUGCCCUCCAACAUGCCCAAGAGCCUGCAGGAGCUGCGCAUCCAUGAGAACCAGAUUGCCAAGAUCAAGAAGGCCUCUUUCCAGGGCAUGGGACAAGUCAUUGUCAUGGAGCUCGGCUCCAACCCUCUGAAGAGUUCUGGAAUAGAGUCCGGAGUUUUCGCUGACCUGAAGCGGGUCUCCUAUAUUCGCAUUGCGGACACCAAUGUCACGGAAAUCCCCAAAGGCCUCCCCAAUUCUUUGUCUGAGCUCCAUCUGGAUGGGAACAAAAUUACCAAGGUGCAGGCGGACCGCCUCAAGGGCCUCAAGAACCUGGCCAAGCUUGGUCUAAGCCACAAUGAGAUCAGCGUUGUUGAGAAUGGCUCCCUGGCUAUGGUGUCACACCUGCGUGAGCUGCACCUGGACCACAACUCAUUGACUUCCGUGCCCCCAGGCCUGCCUGACCAUAAGUAUAUCCAGGUGAUAUAUCUCCACAGCAACAAGAUUGCAGCGGUUGGCACAGAGGACUUCUGCCCCCCUAGCUACAACACCAAGAAGGCCAUGUACUCAGGCAUCAGCCUGUUCAGCAACCCUGUGCCCUACUGGGAGGUCCAGCCGAUCACUUUCCGUUGUGUCUUUGACCGCUCUGCCAUCCAGCUUGGAAACUACAGGAAGAAAUAGGUUAUCCCAGGAAACCACCACCCUAUCUUACCACAGUGCUGCCCUCAGAAGAAAACCCACUCCAUUAUGACCCUCCCCAUUUUUAUAUCCAACAUAUUCCUUGCCACAAUUACAACUCAUCAGCUACAUAGUUCAUAGAAUGGUACAUUCAGUCACAAAUGUUCUUUUUAUUACAGUUAUGACACACAUAUCCUUCUUCCAAUAACAACCAAGAGAAACAUAACAACACCCUUACAACUAUGGAUAACACUACAAAAACAGGACUAAUGUCUGGAGUAAGCCCAAUAGCCUUCAAUGUCCUUUGAAAAGCUGCCAGAGAAAAUGAAUAAAAACCACAAAUGUAUUAGAUUAUAGAAAGUUUGGAAAUACGAUAGUGUUUAUUUUAAAUUGAACAGCGAAAAGCGGCCAUAAUGAACUCAUUGACUCAAGCCAUUUUCUUAAUAUUCCUUUGAUGAUUAGACUUACUGGCCUGUUGAGCAGGCAGUAAAAAGUGUUACCUGGUGUCUCAGAAAUACCAUAGACAAAAAUUGGUAUAUAGAAUAUACUAAAGAUUAAUCACCUGUGUAGUGCUAUGGUAGCUGGAAAAGUCUUUCUUUGGGAUGUAGUGCACAUUGGAGCGUGUGAAUUUCUUUCAUAUUGUAGUCAAGUGAAGUAGAAAAACACUCAGAUGAUAUGUUCUGCUUGCUUAUCUGUUUUUUAGGGGAAAGAGCUUUUAUUUUCUUGUUUUUUUAAGCAUUUAAAACGAAACCUUUUGGCACAUGUUUGAGUCACCACUGCAAUGUAUGAUUCCAUAGACAGUGACACAGGCAGGGUAAAUACAUUUCUAACAGAUGUAGAAUAAACAACAUAUACAUUUUCAUCAAAGCCUUUUAUGGAGAUCUCUACGCAUGCUUUUGUUAUUUUCAUUUUGAUUUAUAAGCUGCGGGUGUUCUUUUUUAAGAUGGAAGAUAUGCAGAGGAGAUGGGUGCGUGGCUCCGCCCUUCAUUCACCUGUCAGUGUGAAUGUUCAAUGUAUAGAUGCUGUAUAUAAAUGCUGUAUAAAACCUUUCAUUGCUUUCAAGCACAAGUACUUAGGUACUUCAGACGUAAUAUAUCAGCAAUAAAAGUGAAACGUUUCAGCAGGGGCUCCAGUUUAGGUCUCCUGAACCCAAUAAAAAGUCAAUCAAAACCCA